CAGCUUGGAGCAGGCUGGGACAGCGGGAAUGUCCCUGCCCAUGGAAUGGGAUGAUCCUCAAGGUCCCUUCCCACCAAAGCAUUCCCUGAUUUCCCAGCCCGGGUCAGUGUCCGACGACAUCUCCAUGGGAACCAUCCCUGCCCUUCCCAUGGAUCCAGAGCGGGAAUUUCCUCCAAAGCUCCGCCAGCUUCCCAAUAAACAUCCGGCCGAGUGAGGGAUUUUCCCAGCUGGGAUCAGGAUCCCAACCCUCUCCUUCCUUCCCGCUUUUCCGUGCCCUGAGCAGCUGCUGGGAAUCCGGGAAGCAGGAAUGUUUUAUACCUGGAUCCUGCUGCUGACAUUCCCAUGGCAACCUCAUCCCGGUUCGGAGCCGCGCGCGCCGGAUGCGUUCCGGAGGGAAUAAAGGACGCAGCCUGCAAAAGACACUUCCCAGUGUGUUCCUGACAGGCGGGAAUUCGGGAAUGCGGUGCCCGUGAAUGCCGGCUCCGGCUGGAUUUGGCAGGACACACAAUUCCCAAGGGCUGGAUGGGGCAGGGAGUGUCAGAUCCAGGGCUUUGGAAGAGGGAUAAACAACAGCUGGGAAAAGCGGGAUGCACCACGGAGCUGGGCCGGGAUUCUGGGAUGGGAGGGACAACGGGAACGGGGUGGGAGCAGGGAUUGGAGACUUAUUCCAGUGGCACAUCCCAAACUGGAUCCAUCCCUGCCUGUUCUCCUCGGGAACACUGCAGCCUUUUCUGGGAUCCUCUGGAGUCUCCCAGGAUCCACCGGAGGUGAACAGGAGGGGUUGGGGAAUGGGAAAAGGCUCCUGGAACUUGGAUUUUCCUUUGGUUUCCCAAGAUACCGGGAUCCUGAGGGAAUCUGGGAUGCUGGGAAGUGCUGAUGGAUCUCAUGGGAGCACGGGGGAAUUAUGGAGGGCUGGAAAAGGGAAUGGGAUGGAGCAGGAAUGGGAGACAGGACCAAGAUUCCCAUUCCCUGCUUGGGUUUUCUGGAAAACAAGCAAUUCCCAAGGGAUGCUCCCACGGGCAGCUCGUGGAGGUCGGGUGAGCCCCGUGGUUAUCCCAGGAUCUGGGCUCGGCAGCUCCAUGGAAAUUCGGGAUUCCGUGGGCAGCCAGUGCCGCCGGAACGCGGCUCAUCCCUGCAGGAUCCCGUUCCGGGACGCUCCGUGAGAGGAGCUCUCUGGGACGAGGAGGCUGCAAGUGCUGGAAGCACGGCAGGAGCUCCCAAGAAGGGGAUUUUGCGGGAUUUAGGGCCGGCUCCGUGUGCUGGGCAGGCUCCGGAGCCAUGGGAGCGGCGGCGGACGCGGAGUGGCUGCGCUGGGUGACGAAACAAUUCGGGAAUAUCGCUGGGAAGGACCGGGAAAUCAGCCUGGAAGAGUUCAAAUCCGCCCUGCAAGUGAAGGAGUCCUUCUUUGCCGAGAGGUUUUUCGCGCUCUUCGACUCCGACGGGAGCGGCUCCCUGAGCCUGGAGGAGCUGCUGGGAUCCCUGCGCCUGCUGCUCCACGGGAAUUCCAUGGAAAAGCUCCGCUUCCUCUUCCGCGUGUACGACGUGGACGGGAGCGGCUCCAUCGACGCAGAGGAGCUGCGGGUGGUGCUCCGGGAGUGCCUCCGGGAGAGCUCCAUGGCCCUUCCCGAGGAGCGGCUGGGAGCGCUGAGCCAGGCCCUGCUCCAGGCGGCCGACCGGGAUCACAGCGGCUCCAUCACCUUCCCGGAGCUCCGGGAGCAGCUGGAAGCGUUCCCGGAAAUCCUGGAGAACCUGAGCAUCAGCGCCGCGAGUUGGCUGAGGCCCCCCGCUCCCACCGAGCGCCGCCUGUGGCCGCGCUGCUUUUCCCGGGACUUCUGGAGGGAGCGGCUGUGCUGCUUUUCCCGGGAAUUGCGGGGGGCCCGGCUGUGCUGCCUGGGCGCCUGGGCCGCUGUCACCGCGCUGCUGCUGGCCCUGGGGGCCCUGCGACACCGCGGGCGCGGCCCCGCCCUGGCGCUGGCCCGGGGCUGCGGCCACGGCCUCAACUUCAACUGCGCCCUGCUCGCCGCGCUGAUGCUGCGGCGCUCCCUGACGCGGCUCCGCUCCACGCCGCUGGCGGAGCUGCUCCCGCUGGAGCUGCACGUGCGGGGCCACGAGCUCGUGGCGUACCUGGUGCUGGCGCUGGCGGCCGCGCACUCGGCAGCGCACCUGGCACACAGCGGCCUGGCCCAGGGGCCCGGGCAGGUGGCCCUGGGCGAGUUCGUGCUGCGGCCCCGGCCGGGCUCCGGCGGCGUGGCGGGCACGGCCCCGCAGAGCGGGCUGGCGCUGCUGGCGCUGCUCCUGGCCAUGCUCGUCUGCUCCCGGCCCUGCGUGCGGCGCGGCGGCCACUUCGAGGUGUUCUACUGGAGCCACCUGUCCUACAUCUCCGUGUGGCUCCUGCUGCUCCUGCACGGGCCCCACUUCUGGAAGUGGUUCCUGAUUCCCGGCUCCCUGUUUUUCCUGGAGAAGCUGCUGGGCUGGGCGUGGCGCCGGGCAGGGGAUCUGCACAUCCUGGAGGCCAACCUGCUCCCCUCCAAGGUGACCCACCUGGUGAUCCAGAGGCCGAAAUCCUUCCACUUCCAGCCGGGGGAUUACGUCUUCCUGAACAUCCCGGCCAUCGCCGCCUACGAGUGGCAUCCCUUCUCCAUCAGCAGCGCUCCGGAGCAGCCGGAAACCCUCUGGCUGCACAUCCGGGCCCUGGGCCAAUGGACCAACAAGCUCUACGAGUACUUCCAGCAGCUGGAAUUGCGCGGCCCGGAGCCGAAUCCGCCCGGGAAGAGCCGGAGGGAGCGGAGGAGCCGGCACUGGGAACAGGAAGGCUCGCAGGGAGGAUCCGUGGCCACCGGCAGGGACGGAGCCGUGGAGCUGACGGCAUUCCGAGCCCCCGGAGCGGCAUUCCCGGGAAUGGACCCGGAGCAGGGGGGCUCCGGGCCGGGGCAGAGCCGGCGGAGCUGCAGCGUCAAGUGCUACCUGGACGGUCCCUAUGGAACUCCGAGCCGGCGGAUCUUCACGUCGGAGCACGCCGUGCUCAUCGGAGCCGGCAUCGGGAUCACCCCCUUCGCCUCCAUCCUGCAGAGCAUCAUGUUCCGGUACCGGCGGCGGAAGCAGAGCUGCCCCAGCUGCCACUUCUCCUGGAGCGAGGAACGGCGGGAUGAGGAGAUGACGCUCCGGAAGGUGGAUUUCAUCUGGAUCACGCGGGAUCAGCAGCACCUGGAGUGGUUCCUCAGCCUCCUGUCCAAGCUGGAGACGGAGCAGGCGGAGCUGGAGCCGGGAGGGAAGUUCCUGGAGCUGCACCUGUACCUGACCUCGGCGCUGGGCAAGGGGGACGUGAAGGCGCUGGGGCUCCAGGUGGCCCUGGAUCUGCUGGCAGCCAAGGAAAACCGGGAUUCCAUCACCGGCCUCCGCACCCGCACCCAGCCCGGCCGGCCCGACUGGGCCAAGGUGUUCGGGAAGGUGGCGGCGGAGCAGCGCGGCAAGGUCCGGGUGUUCUUCUGCGGCUCCCCGGGGCUGGCCGGGCUCAUCCGCGGGCACUGCCGCGCCUUCGGCUUCCGCUUCUCCAAGGAAAACUUCUGA